CCGAAAAUAAGAUGUCGUCUCACCAACUCAGCCCAAGAAACCUCGCCACCACCACCAAACCUUACAAAUUCCUCCUCACCAUCCCCGCAACCGUCAAAGUCACCGACAUUUUCACUUCAUUCAUGAAGGCUUUCUUUGCCAUAGUUGCGGUUGCCUCCAUUUCUCUCCUUUCCUUCAAUGCUAUCCCCUCGUCCAUUACAACUUCCCACGUCGACCCAUCAACCACGGUCCGCGUAUCGGAUUCAACCAAUGGUGGCAUCAACUUUCAACCUAAUUAUUACCAAGAAACAAAUGUUUCCCACAUCCUUUUCGGCAUAGGAGGCUCCGCAAAAAUGUGGGAGGAGCGUCGCCACUACUGCGAACUCUGGUGGAAGCCAAACACGACUCGUGGCUUCGUCUGGUUGGACGAACCGCCACAAGAAAACACGCCAUGGCCAGAGUCAUCACCCCAAUACAGGGUAUCGGAGGACACUACCCGGUUCCAAUACACUUGUUGGUAUGGUUCCCGGUCAGCUAUUAGAAUAGCCCGAAUAAUAAAGGAAAGUUUCCAACUUGGAUUGAAAGACGUUAGGUGGUUUGUUAUGGGAGAUGAUGACACGGUUUUCUUCAUAGAAAAUUUGUUAACGGUUUUGAGGAAAUACGAUCAUAAGGAAAUGUAUUAUAUUGGGUCGAAUUCGGAGAGCGUGGAACAAGAUUUGAUACAUUCGUAUACGAUGGCGUAUGGUGGCGGAGGAUUUGCGAUUAGUUAUCCGCUGGCGGAGGUGUUGGUUAGGGUAUUAGAUGGGUGUAUCGAUCGAUAUUCUUCUGCUUAUGGCUCGGAUGAGAAGAUUGGCGGUUGCAUGGCGGAGAUCGGUGUGCCACUUACUAGAGAGCUCGGAUUCCAUCAGGUUGAUAUAAGAGGAGACCCAUAUGGUUUACUUGCCGCUCAUCCCUUGGUCCCAUUGGUCUCAUUGCACCAUCAAGACUACUUGCAACCCAUUUUCCCGGGUCUCACACAAGUCGAGUCGACGAAGAAAUUGAUCCAAUCAUAUCAACUAGAUCCGAGCCGACUGUUACAACAAUCCUUCUGCUACGACUUGAACCGAAACUGGUCUUUUUCGAUAUCAUGGGGCUACACAGCACAAUUGUACCCGAGUUUGGUGACUGCGAAAGAAUUAAUCACUCCAUUUCAAACGUUUACCACGUGGAGGACCUGGAGCGCAGAACCUUUUUCCUUUAACACUCGGGUCCUAAGCCAAGAACCGUGCGAGAGGCCCAUUAUUUAUUUUCUAGAUGGGCCGACAAAUAUGGUCAAUUCGAGUUCGGGUGAGUCGACUAGGACCAUGUACAAAAAGGUUGAGGCGGAACCGGGUAAAGAAUGCAUUAGGGAGGACUAUGGUGCGGCUGCAUCUAUCAAGACUAUUAAAGUCUCGGCUGCCAUUUUGGAUGCUUCCGUGUGGACCAAGGGGCAAAGAAGACAGUGCUGUGAAGUUGUCAAUGGCAAUGGUGGAGAGGAAGAAGUGUUAAAGAUCAAGAUUAGAAACUGUAAACGUAGGGAAUCUGUAUCUCCACCAUAGAUUAAUUUCUAUCUAAGCUUUUAAUUAUUAUGAUCAUACUACUUAUUAUAAUUAAUUAG